AUAGACAAUACAAUGAAUAAAGUUAGGAAACCGGACAUAUAGCACCGCGUAGACAUUGAGAAAUUGGCAGGUUUCCGUUACAUACAAUUGGUGAAAGUGAAACCGCCCCUAGUUUUUGUCUGCUUGUAUUUACUUCCAACCGAACAAACCACUAGUUUGGCAAUUUGUGAUUAAUUUCCACAAUUCAAAAUCACUCAACCAACCUGGUAUAUAUACUAUGAAUUCAUAAGCACUAACACAUCAUCAUCACACAUUAAAACAAGUUCAAGUUUCAUCAAAGUUACAAUACAAAGAUGAGUGCAGCUGCAACAAAAGCAUGGGUAGUAGCAUCAAGCAUAGGAGCAGUGGAGGCAUUAAAAGACCAGCUUGGCGUAUGCAGGUGGAACUAUGCUUUUAGAUCACUUCAUCAACAUGCUAAGAACAAUAUCAGAUCAUAUACUCAAGCUAAGAAAUUGUCAUCAUCUGCUUCUUCUGCUGUUUCCAAAAAGGUGAAAAGAACAAAGGAAGAAUCUAUGAACAAAGUCAUGGAGUUGAAUUGCUGGGGUCCUAGUACUGCAAGAUUUUAAUAUUGUAUUGUAAUGAUUGUGUGACCAAGAAAAGUGAAAAUCUAGAUUUUGUUUGUUUAUACUUUAUAUUCCAUAUUAGUCCCUAAAUUGAAUCUCUCAAAGAAAUUGUGUUGUGGGAAAAUUUAGGAUUAUGAGAAGAGGAAUAUUAAUCCUUGAUGUUAAUUUAAUUAUACAUAUGUUAGCAGCAAAAAUUACAUAUCUCCGGAGUUUUUUAGCCA